CCCAUUUUCAGUUCCCCACAUGAUAUGAUCGAAGAAAAACAAAAUAUCCAAACAUGGCCUUGAGAUUAGUCUAUCGGGUUUUCAUAUUAGCAAGUAUUUUCUCUUUGAUUUUCCCAUCGGCCUUAUCAAGAAAUCACUAUAGCAAUAUAAGCUGGUGGUGCAACAAGACCCCAAAUCCCGAACCAUGCAAGUAUUUCUUAAACCAAAACCGACAUCGUUUUGCAAUAAAACACACAACCGAAUUCCGAAAGGUGCUGGUUCAAAUUGCGCUUGAGAGAGCCUUAGACGCCCAACGACAUGCGUCGGAGUUCGGCCAAAAUUGCCAGAACAAACAUCAAAAAGCUGCGUGGACCGAUUGUUUGAAACUCUACAACGACACCGUUUCGCAACUUAAUCGGACCCUUGAAGGGCUCGGCCACAACUGGAAGUGUACGGAUUUCGAUGCACAAACCUGGCUGAGCACGGCCCUCACAAACAUCGCCACGUGUCGAGCUGGGUCUUUGGAGUUGAACGUUUGGGAUUUCAUAUUGCCAAUCGCAUCCAAUAACAAUGUCUCCGAGCUGAUCAGCAACACUUUAGCCAUUAAUUCACAGCUUCUGGAUUUAAAGAGAGAAAACCACACCGAUGACGACGACUUUCCAACAUGGGUUUCUUACCAUGAAAGGAAACUUUUACAGUCUUCUUCGAUAAAAGCACAUCUUGUAGUUGCCAAAGAUGGUUCGGGUCAUUUUCGGACGGUUCAAGCCGCCAUUAACGCUGCUUCGAGAAGAAGAAGAACUACUCGGUUUGUAAUUUAUAUUAAAAAAGGCAUUUACUGGGAAAAUAUUGUAGUUGGGAAUAACAAUAAUAAUAUCAUGCUAGUCGGAGACGGUAUCAAAAAUACAAUCAUCACCGCCAGCCGUAGUGUCUCCGGCGGUUCCACCACCUAUAAUUCUGCAACUGCAGGAAUAGAUGGACUUGGGUUCAUUGCCCGUGGAAUUACCUUCCGGAACUCAGCCGGUCCUUUAAAAGGCCAAGCAGUGGCUCUCCGAUCGGCCUCGGACCUCUCGGUCUUCUACCAGUGUGCCUUCCAAGGCUACCAAGACACUCUCAUGGUCCAUUCCCAAAGACAGUUCUACAGACAAUGCUACAUCUACGGCACCAUAGACUUCAUCUUCGGCAAUGCUGCUGCUGUUUUCCAGAAUUGCAUCAUUUUCGUCAGAAGGCCCAUACACGGCCAAGCCAAUGUCAUUACGGCCCAAGCCAGAAACGACCCUUUUCAAAACACUGGGAUUUCGAUCCAGAAUUCCCAAGUCCUUCCCGCAGCCGAUCUCAAGCCCGCCAUCCAAUCCUUCAAUACAUUUUUGGGCCGUCCAUGGCAGAAAUAUUCUCGGACUGUGUUCAUGAAAUGUUAUAUGGAUAGCUUGGUGAACCCAGUGGGUUGGUUGGAGUGGGACAAUCCGGAUUAUCUUAAUACGUUGUACUACGGAGAGUACAAGAAUUAUGGGCCAGGUUCGUCCACUAGAAACAGAGUGAGGUGGCGUGGAUUCCAUGUGAUAACUAGCCCAAAUGUGGCGUCACAGUUCACAGUGAGAAGCCUCAUCGCCGGCCAGUCGUGGUUGCCGGCCACCGGAGUGCCCUUCAGUACCGACCUUUGAAAAUGUAAUUACGAUGUUAUAUUUAUUGUCUAUUGUUCAAUGUGAUUUAUUUGGCUGUGUAAAAGAUAUUAUUUGUGGUUGAUAUUGGAUUUUUGUAAAUUUUAAUACAUUUAUAGAGUGAAUAUAAAUCAGAAUUCUUUUAUUCUAAUAUAAUUAA